AUGUCUUUAAUACCUUAUGUUAAAUUUCAAUGUGCUAAUACAACUUGUUUGCCAUUCAUUAGUGUUAUUACAGCAGACAUUAGGAAUUGUCAAGUAGCCUGUUUAGCUCAAAGUCAAUGCACAGCGGCAACUUUUCAUCGAUCAACUUCUAGUUGUGAACUAUUUGCUGAUAUGUUGAAUCAAAAUGGAAAUAUGUUGGCUGAUGUGGAUGCUACUAGUAUGAAUGUUAUUAGUGGAACACGAUUUCCACCAGGUCUACCUACAUGUCAUGUUGCUUGUUGUGCAGUUACUGCUCCAACUACUUGUACUCCUUGUAUUAAUGCUAAUAGUGGUAGUGCUGUUAGUGUUUGUUAUCAUUCUACUGUUUAUGGUGGUAGUACUGAUAGUGUUUAUAAUGUUUAUCCUGUUGCUGCUGCUUCUUCUUGUGCUUCUGAUGUUGCUAAUGGUUAUAUUGAUUAUGGUGUUAAUAGUGCCGCUUCUUUUGCUUAUGCUGGUUGUUAA